AUGGCUGAUAUUACCGUAUGUGAUCUUAUCACAAGUGAUCUUAUCGUCGGUGAUCUUAUCGUUGGUGAUAUCAUCCUGGUGAUCUUAUCCUUCUUGCUCGUAGUGGGUGGUCUUAUAGUGGGUGGUCUUAUAGUGAGUUAUCUUAUCGUGGGUGAUCCUAUCAUGGCUGAUAUUAAGGUGGGUGAUCUUAUCGCGGGUGUUGUUAUCGCGGGUGACCUUAUUGCGGGUGAUAUUAUCGUGGCUGAUCUUACCGUGGGUGAUCUUAUCGCGAGUGAUCUUAUCGUGGGUGAUACUAUCAUCAGUGAUCUCAUCGCGGGUGAUCUUAUGGCGGGUGAUCUUUGCAUGGGUGAUCUUAUCGCAGGUGAUCUUAUUGCGAGUGAUCUUAUCUCGGGUUAUCUUACAGUUGGUGUUCCUAUCGCGAGUGAUCUUACUGCGGGUGAUCUUAUUGCGAGUGAUCUUAUCCGUGGUGAUCUUAUCGCGGGUGAUCUUAUCGUAGGUGAACUUACCGUGGGUCAUCUUAUCGCGGGUGAUCUUAUCGCUGGUUAUAUUAUCGUGGCUGAUCUUACCGUGGGUGAUCUUAUCGCGGGUGAUCUUAUCGUGGGUGAUACUAUCGUGGGUGAUCUCAUCGCGGGUGAUCUUAUCCAGGGUGAUCUUAUCCGAGGUGAUCUUAUUGCGGGUCAUCUUAUCGUGGGUGAUCUUAUCGCGUGGGAUAUUAUCGCGAGUGAUCUUAUCGUCGGAGAUCUUAUCGCUGAUGAUCUUAUCGAGGUCGCGGGUGAUAUUAUCGAACAUGAUCUUUUCUCGGGGGAUCUUAUCGUCGGUGAUGUUAUUGCAGGUGAUCAUAUCACAGGGGAUCUUAUCGCGGGGUGA